CGGGUCUUAGACUCUGAGCGAUCCCUCCUCCCCCUCCCAUCGUCUCCCUCAGAGGAGUAUCCGCUGGCGGCGGAGCCGUUGGUGGCCGUUGGCGAGGAGCGAUUCCUCGUUCCCUCAGGCGCCCCCCUCCGAGCCUCUGCCACCGCGGGGAACUGUCCUGAAGCUACCAUGAGCGUCCCACUCACCGGGUUGGGCUGGACCUCAGCCGCCAACGUGGCACCCACCGGCUGGACUGCGAUCACAACCACUGUGGAAGGGACAUAUGCAAACUUUGGAAAGGGAUUUGCACAGAAGUCUGGUUACUACCUGUGCUUUACUUCAACUAUAAACAGUGAGAACCCCUCAGGAGAUGUAAUAUCCGACGUGGUUAUCCUGAGUGACAAAUCUCCUCUGCCUUCUGGAUAUAUUUAUGUAAAAGAAUUUUUAGAACCAAAAACAUGCAUCUCUAAGAAGAAAAGGCUCUGUGUAAAGCUGAUUCCGUUGGGAGCUGCCGAAUUAGCUGUGCUAGAGAUCCUGGUGAGCAGCAAGAGCAAAGUGCUCCCGAACUAUUUGCGAAUAGGGGAAAUGAGUGGCUUUGCUCUAUGGUGUAAAAAAGAGCACAUUCUCAAGGCCAAGCCCCUCCCCAAGCCACGGAAGAUCAAUCUAGAGAUGAAGCAACUUUCCUUAGAGCCAGACAAUAAAGAUACCGCACCAGAAAGGCCUCCACUGCCAUUUGGCCCCAAAAGACAAGCUACCCUUAAGCGCCAUGAGUCCAUAUACGAUAAUUCAAAUGUCUAUGCCAUUUCUGCCAUGGAUGGUGUACCCUUUGCUCUGCACCCCAAAUUUGAGAACAGCAUCAGUGGUAGCACUAACGUUUCUUCAUUCUUUAAAGACUUGCAUAUUAAAUCUCUCACUGACCUUGAGGAAGAGUAUGACUAUGGCUUUGUAGUUGAAAGAACGGCAGCUGCCAGACUUCUUCCUACUAUCUCGUAGCAGUUUCUUCCAGAAAACAUAAUGAAGACUCCCUCCCCAUCAAGGCAUUCUGGGCCCAGAACAGUCAACUGAUGCUGCUGCUGAAGCGACAGAAGUGCUUUUCUAAAAGGCAGACGCUAUCUGAGGGUGCCGCUUUAGAAGCUGAAGCUUUUAAAUACGACUUUGCCAGUGAGAUGCCCACAGGGUACCAUGCACUACAGUUUGCUACAGGUACAAGCCGGAUAUUUUUGUAUACAUGCUCGCAGCAUGGGCGCGUCAUAUAGAUUACUAUAUAAAGCACUUUUUAAAAAAUGCACACAAAACAUAUUGUGUGGGUAAACCAAUAUCCCUGUACUUACUCCUGGCUGAGAAUUAUAGAUGCUCCAUAUGUACAAGUAUAGGUGCGAAACCAUGUUAUCAAGCCUCAAUUGCUCAGUUUAUCCAGCUCCAGGGAAAUAUUCUGUAAAAGCCAUUCACUAUGACUGCGAUCAUCAAGCCUCUCAAAGUAAGGAAAGAACCAGGACAUGACACAGGUAUUAGUGCAGCAAAACUUGUGGCCAUAUUUCAAAAUGUAUUGAUCGCAAUUUAAUUACCAAAUCCACGACCACUUUUCCAGGAGCAGAAGGGCAAAUACAAAAAUCAACAGAUGCUGUCAUGGCUGAGAAACACCGACAGCUAGUGUAGCCAUAUUCUCCCCUCCCCAGACGUUUUAUUGUGGUUUCCAAAGCUGCACACUUGAAACUGCAUCCCAGCACCAAACUGGAUUGAAAGGCCAAUCCACGGUCACAAGAAUAAAUAUUCCUCUUGCAA